AUGGUCAAAUGUAUGAUAAAUGAUCCACACCCUCCCCUUCAUAAGUAUCAUCAGUCCGGAGAUCUCAUCAUUGGCGGGAUUGCUUCUCAGAACUUCAUUGUCUCCAAUUCAAUAGAUUUCACUGAAAACGCUCCACCUGUAUUGUUCAAUGAAUUGCUGACACUUACUAAGAAUUACCAACACAUCCUGGCCUUGGCAUUUGCAGUAAAGGAGAUCGAUGAAAACCCCCAGCUCUUACCCAACAUUACUUUGGGUUUACAAAUCUAUGACAGCUAUUUCAAUGCCAAGUCAACUUAUCAUGCCACAAUGCUACUUAUGUCCUCACUGAAGAGAUUUGUCCCCAACUAUGUAUGUGACCCCCAGAAUAACCUGAUAACAGUCAUUGGGGGACUAGACCCCCUAACCUCCCUUCACAUUGCAACUAUCUUGGAUAUUUACAAAAUUCCACAGAUCAUCUACAGCCCUGCUCCAGUGAUGAAUGAUAAAACUCCAGGACUGCCCUUCUAUCAGAUGUUCCCAAAUGAAGAACAUCAGCACCAGGGGAUUCUCUCUUUACUUCUGCAUUUCAGCUGGAAGUGGAUUGUUGGCAUUGUUAUGGAUAAUGACAAUGGAGAAAGAUAUGUGCAAACUGUGUUCUCAUUGUUUUCCCAGAAUGGUAUUUGUUUUGAUUUCAUAGAAAGAGUACCCCAAAUAGAUUUCCUCUCUGAUCUUCUGGACAAGAUGCAAGAAAGUGCACAAAUACAAGAUAAAGUCAUGGAGAGCAAAGCCAAUGUGGUAGUGGCCUAUGGAGAAUCCUAUUCCACAGCAUUUUUUAGAUUUGCUCCAUUUGUGUCAGAUUUAGGACUUGCAAAAAAUAUAACAAAAGGUAAAGUGUGGAUAGGAACAAUCCAAAUGGAGGCUGCCACAUUUGCCUUUCAACGAACUUGGGAUCUAGGACAAAUCCAUGGAGCACUCUCUUUCACAAUUCACUCCAGUGAUCCGCCAGGAUUUCAUCAUUUUGUUAAGAGAAGAAAUCCAACCAGCACAACAGAGGAUGGUUUCAUCCAGGACUGGUGGGAACAGCUUUUCAGUUGUGUCUUCCCAAAUCCUUUUCAGAACAACUUGGAGAAGAAGAUUUGCACAGGAGAGGAGCAGCUGGAGAGCCUUCCUAAGGAAAUGUUUGAACUGAAGAUGACUGGCCAUAGUUAUAGCAUCUACAAUGCUAUCUAUGCGGUGGCCCAUGCUUUACAUGACAUAUCUUCAUCUCUCUUCAAACGCAGAGCAAUUAUGGAUGGAGAGGGACUGAAGCUUCAGACACAAUGGUUGAUGCAGCUCCAUCACUUUCUGAGUGGUUUCUCAUUUAACAACAGUGCAGGGGACACUGUUUCCUUUGACCAAAAUGGUGAGAUUGUAACUGAAUUUGAUUUGAUGAAUUGGGUUACUACCUCCAAUAAUUCCUUCUAUGAAUUAAAAGUUGGGAAGAUAGAUCUCAAGUCUUCUCCAGACCAAACAUUCAGGAUCAAUGAGGAUGAUAUAAUAUGGCACAGAUGGUUUAAUCAGGUACGCCCUCUUUCUCUGUGUAGUGACAGUUGCCAUCCUGGCUCCAGGAAGACAGUGAAGGAGGGGCAACCAUUUUGCUGCUAUGAUUGUACACCAUGUCCAGAAGGGAAGAUUUCAGACCAAAAGGCUCUGGUGCUCGGGAUAUUUCUGAAGCACCAUGAAACUCCCAUUGUGAAAGCCAACAACCGGAACCUCACCUACACUCUCCUCCUUUCCCUCCUGCUUUGCUUCCUUUGCAUUUUGCUGUUCAUUGGUCAGCCACAGAAGGUGACAUGUCUCCUCCGACAAACUGCUUUUGGCAUCAUCUUCUCAGUGGCUGUUUCCUGUGUGCUGGCAAAAACCAUCACAGUGGUUGUGGCUUUCAUGGCCACCAGGCCAGGAUCCAGGAUGCGGAAAUGGAUGGGGAAGGAAAUGGCCAACUCCAUUGUUAGUUCUUGCUCUAUUAUUCAAGCAGGCAUCUGUGCUGUGUGGCUAGCAGUAUCUCCUCCUUACCCAGAUGCCGAUAUGCACUCAGUAGUUGACAAAAUUGUCUUAGAAUGUAAUGAAGGGUCUGUAUUUUUAUUUUAUUUAAUCCUGGCCUAUAUGGGUUUCCUGGCUAUGGUCAGUUUCACAGUGGCUUUCUUUGCAAGGAAACUUCCUGACAGCUUCAAUGAAGCCAAGUUUAUUACCUUCAGCAUGUUGGUCUUCUGCAGUGUGUGGAUAUCCUUCAUUCCAACAUACCUGAGCACUAAGGGGAAAUACAUGGUGGCUGUUGAGAUCUUCUCUAUCUUAGCCUCCAGUGCUGGUUUGCUGGGCUGUAUCUUUCUUCCAAAAUGUUACAUUAUAUUGUUGAAGCCGGAGCUGAACAACAGGGAACUGCUAAUAAAAAGAAAGGCAAUGUAA